GAGACUGAUGGUGAUGAUGAAUCGUUUCCUUGUGAAGAUGAUGAUGAUGAUGAUGAUGAUGGUGAUGAUGAUGAUGUUGAUGAUGAUGGUGAUGAUGAUGUUGAGGAUGAUGAUGAUGAUGAUGAUGAUGAUGAUGAUGAUAAUGAUUUUGAUGCUGAUGAUGAUGAUCAUGAUGAUGAUGUUGAUGAUGAUGAUGCGGGUGAUGAUGAUGGUGAUACCGAUGAUGAUGAUGACGAAGUUAAUAAUGAUGAUGACCUUAAUAAUGAUGAUGAUGAUGAUGAAGAUGAUGACCAUGAUGAUGGUGAUGAGGAAAAUCAUAAUGAAAACCAGUUUGAUGACGAUGAUAAUGAUGAUGGUGAUGAUUCGGAUGAUGCGCAUUAUCAUGAUGUUUCCGAGGAUGAUGAAUUUAAUGAUGACGAGGAUGAUGAUGAUGAUAACGAAGAUGAUGAGGAUGAUGAUGCCGAUGAAGAUCUUGAUGAACAUGAUGAUGAUUAUCAUUAUGACGAUAAUGACGAUGAUGAUGGUGAUGAUGAUUAUGAUGAUGAUGAUGUGCAUGAUAUUGCUGCUGCUGAUGAUGAUCCGGAUGAUGAUGAAUACGAUUUUGAUGAUGUUAAUGAUGAUGACUUGGGUGAUGAGAAUGUUGAUAAUGAUGAUUUUGUCGAUCAUGCUGAUGUUGAUCGUGAUGAUCUUGUUCAUCAGUGUGAUGAUCAUCAUGAUUAUUCGGAUGAUGACUAUGAUGAUGAUGAUGAUGAUAGGGAUCAUGAUGACGAUGAUGACGACGAUGAUGAUUUUGAUUCGGACGACGACGGAGAUGAUGAAUAUGAUAAGGACGAUGAUGAUGAUGAUUAUGAUGACGAAGAUGAUGAAGAUGAUGACGAUGAUGAUGAUGAUGAUGGUGAUGAUAUUGAUGAUGAUGUUGACGGCGAAGUUGAUUACGAUGGUGAUGAUGAUGGUGAUGAUGCUGAGUAUGGUGAUGAUGCUGAUGUCGAUGAUGAUGAUAAUGGUGAUGAUGUUGAUUCGGUUGACGAUGAUGAUGAUGGUGACGAUGAUGAUGAUGUUGACGUUGAUGAUGAUGAUGAUGAUGUUGAAGAUGAUUAUGACAAUGACCCUUCGGAUGAUGCUGAUGAUGAUGAUGAAUCCGAUGAUGAUGACCAUGAUGAUGUUGAGGAUGAUUAUGACGAUCAUGAUUCGGAUGAUGAUGAUGAUGAUCAUGCUGAUGAUGAUAUUGAUGAUGAUGAUGAAGUUGUUGAUGAUGUUGAUGCGGAUAAUAAUGAUGAUUCGGAGGUUGAUGAUGAUGAUGACUACGCCGAUGGUGAUUAUCAUGAUAAUGAAGAUGACAAUGACUAUGAUGAUGAUUCGGAUGAUGAUAAUAAGAAUGGUGAUGAUGAAGAUGAUGAUUUCCAUGAUGAUGAUUAUCAUGAUCAUGAUGAUCAUGAUAAUGAUGAACAUCAUCUCGAUGCUGAUAAAGAUGAUGAUGACGAUAAAGACAAUGCUGAUCAGGAUGUUGAUACUUCUCAUGAAGACGAUGUAAAUGAUGACGAGGAUGACGAUGAUGAUGGUGAUGAUGAUUCUAUGUUGAUCAUGAUGAUUUUGUUUCGGUUGAUGAUGAUGAUUUUGAUGGCGAUGAUCAUAAUGAUGAUAACGGUUUAUGAUUAUGAUGAUGAUAAUGAUAAUGAUUUUGACGACGAUGAUUCGGAUGAUCAUGAUGAUGAUGAAGCUGAUGAUGAUGUUGAAGAUGAUAAUGAAGACCAGUUUGAUGAUGAUCAUGAUGAUGGUGAUGACGAUGAUAUUUUUGAUGAAGAUCAUGUUGAUGAUGGUAAUGAUGAUUAG